UACGACAUCAAGUUGAAUAAUGCUAUUCUUGCAGAGGAAAAGCAUGUGCCAAUGUAUGAAGAAAUGGCCACAAAAGACAAUGUGGAGUACAUUGCAGGAGGGGCUACUCAAAAUUCAAUCAAGGUUGCCCAGUGGAUGUUACAAACUCCUGGUGCGACUAGUUAUAUGGGUUGCAUUGGGAAGGACAAGUUCGGGGAGGAAAUGAAGAAAAACUCGAAACUUGCAGGUGUUAAUGUUCAUUACUAUGAGGACGAAUCUGCCCCAACUGGUACUUGUGCUGUUUGUGUUGUUGGUGGUGAAAGGUCAGUUUCUCCAUGAGCAUCCUCUGCAGUUAUCUUUCUAUACUUUGCUGUAGCUACAUAAUCUUGAUUUGGUCUAUCAUUGUAUGAUAAAAUGUUGCUACUGGGAUCUCUGUCUUCUAUGCACAGUGCUUCAUACAAUGGCUGAGGGUACAUGCAUGUACCUCAAUGGAAUGCAUAUUCUCUUCAACAUUGAGAAAUCGGGUAUGAGCCCCCUACCUACCGAAAAGAAAAAGCAAAAGCAAAAUAAAAUAAAAUAAUAAAAUAAUAAAAUAAAAAUGAAGAAGCCAAUAUAGUUGUUUCUUAUUUCGCAAUC